AUAAAACCUUGAAAGUCCUAUGAAGUCCUACCCACGAUAGCAGGCGAGGUGUUGGUUAACAAUUCGCAUAUUACCCGGACAUGCAAGGCAAGCUGCGAAGAAUGAGAAACAUCGAACUCAUCGUCCGGUUACGGAAAGUGAGCUGAUUUAAGUCUACCGACCACGCUACCUUCCCCCGGGACCCACAUGCGUCCUACGCUGCACUUAUGCGGCGGUGAUGCAUGGCCACUGGUGAUAAUGCAGUCAAUAGACCCAAGUCUUACCAACAACUUGAUAUCUUAUCAGAUCUUCGGAUAUAAGAUGGUGUAGGGUCCUAAAUAUGGUAAGUACAGAUUUAGUAAUCUUCCAACUUCCGUAUCAUAUACUAUUUCUCGACUAGACAUAUCGCAAAAGUCAUGACAGCUCAAGGAAACAUGAACAAAUCCUCAGUUGGUACCGAGGCUAUAGAUCCAAGGUCAAAUUCUUCUAGAGAUGAGGAAGUAGAUCUAUAUUUGGUAACUUGGAACGGCAAAGAUGACCCUGAGCAUCCGUAUAAUUGGUCUUCAUUGCGAAAAUGGACAAUCACCAUCCUCCUUUCAAAUGGGGGUCUGGUAACCCUCAUGUCCGGUGCAAUGCUGGCUCCGGCCCUUCAGAGCAUCUCAGCAGACCUACAUACCGGCGAGGAAGAGACGCAAAUAUUUCUUUCCAUCUUCGUUUUAGCAUUUGCUUUUGGUCCCAUGAUACUGUCACCCCUCGCCGAAGUUUUCGGUCGCCGGCCAGUGUGGAUCCUGUCAAGCUGCUUCUACAUCCUUUGGAAUACGGUCGCAGGUUUUAGCCGUACACCUGGCCUUAUGAUUGCGAGUCGUGUUCUGUCGGGUAUCGGAGCUAGCGCUGAGUUUGCUAUUUCCAACCCGGUUCUGUCAGAUUGUUGGAUACCCUCGCAACGUGGACUCUCGUUCGCCAUUUCUACUUUCAUUCCUCUCCUAGGGCCGGCAAUUGGACCAAUAAUUGGAGGUGCCGUCUCCCAGUCGAUCGGGUGGCGAUGGACCUUCUGGAUUCUAUCCAUAUAUGACAGCCUCCUCGUGGUUAUAGCACUUUUCGUGUUUAGCGAAACGUAUGAGAUCAUUAUACUUAAUAGGAGGGCAGCCAAACUACGAAAAAGCACAGGAAAUCCAUAUCACACUCAAUGGCACGAGGCAUCAGAGAAGUUGGGAGACAGACUGUCUCAUUCAUUGACCCGUCCUAUACGCCUCCUUUUGACCCAGCCAGUUCUACAAGUCGUUGCGAUAUUCCUAGCCUACAACUUUGGUAUAUUGUAUCUUGUCCUGUCAACCUUUGCUACCCUGUGGAUUGAUCGUUACGGUCAAACCGAAACCCAGAGCGGCUUGAACUAUAUCGCCCUUGUUAUCGGAUAUACGAUCGCCGCACAAGUUGGGAGUAGAAUGAUGGAUAAAUUGUGGGCAUAUUUGGAGGCUAAAGCCGGUAAUAAUACCGCCCCUGAGUACCGUGUUCCACUGAUGAUCCCGGGUGCCAUUUUAAUUCCAGUUGGUCUAUUCAUCUACGGUUGGACAGCAGAGAAACAUAUGCACUGGAUCGUCCCCGAUAUUGGAAUCGCUAUCCUCGGCUGUGGUAUCAUUAACAAUACGCAGUCUUUGCAAGCUUAUGUAAUGGAUGCAUAUCACGAUUACGUUGCCUCAGCAUCGGCUGCUUCGCAGUUUCUGCGUAGCAUUGCUGGAUUCGCUUUUCCUAUUUUUGCGCCGGCCAUGUACAAUAACCUUGGGUAUGGAUGGGGCAAUAGCCUGCUGGCGCUUACGUUCGUCGUGAUUGGAUGGCCCGCCCCCUUUCUUCUAUGGCGUUACGGUGCUCGAUUGAGGGCAAUGGGAAGUAAGCAACAAUGAGAACAUUCCGGGCUAGUAUGACUUAAGAGAGUUUAGACUGACAAUUAAACAUCUGCCCAUUCCAUCAAAAAGUAUAUGUGGCAUCUGUAGUCAACAGAGUCAACAGAGUCACCUACAAAUGUUUACCAUACUAGAAAAGGGGGGGUGGAUCGUCAUAACACCUAGCAACCAACCUACAUUAUACGCAGUGA